CUCUUUCUAGUGGCAAAUAAGAGCGAAGGUGGACAGUGAGAGAAGCAAGCAGACAGUUUACUUUGGGAGUGAGUGUCCUAGGUCUAUAAUGAAGCACCUGAGUGGCCUCAAGCGAGUCCUGACCUUCCUGAGCACCAGUUUCCUCCUUAUCUGUAACACAAGAAGAUCAGAGGCUGGAAGAAUGCAGCCUGCCUAUAUUCUGGGGCUGCUUGUGGCUGUAUUCUGUACCACUGGGCUGUGUUACCCCAACCCAAAGGAAGCUCAGACUCAUGACCAGAUCCUGGAGGAGCAACCUGGCAGGAUAAAUCCGGAAUUUCCUACACUAUCUGCUAUCAAUACUGAUUUUGCAAUUCAUCUAUACAAGAAGCUUGUUUCAGAAAACCUCGAGAAGAAUGUCCUUUUCUCUCCCCUAAGUGUAUCCAUUGCCUUUGCUCUCCUGUCUCUGGGGGCCAGAGGAAACACCCAGACUCAGAUCCUAGAGGGCCUGAGAUUCAAUCUGACAGAGACCCCAGAGGCUGAAAUCCACAGAGGCUUUCAGCAGCUCGUACGCUCCCUCAGUCUCCUAAACGACACGUUCCAACUAAACACAGGCAAUGCCUUGUUUGUUGACAAAAGUUUGGAAUUGCUAGAGAAGUUCCAGGAAGACAGCAAGGUUUUAUAUUCAGCAGAAGUUUUCCCUGCUCACUUCCAGGACCCUGAUUUGGCAACACAGCAGAUCAAUGAUUAUGUAAAGAAUCAAACCCACGGGAAAAUCGAAGAAUUGUUCAAAAGACUCGGUGAAAACACAAUAAUGGUUCUUGUGAAUCACAUCUUAUUUAAAGCUAAGUGGCAAACACCUUUUGAUGCACGUGAUACUUCAGAGGAUAAGUUUUUUGUGAGUGAAGACAAGAUUGUUCAAGUUCCCAUGAUGCAGCAGAAUACACUUCACACCCGUGUUUUCCGAGACGAGGAGCUUUUCUGCACGGUUGUAGAGCUGAAGUAUGUGGGCAAUGCUGCAGCCCUUCUCAUUCUUCCUGAUGAAAAGAAAAUGAAGAGUGUUGAAGAUGCUCUCAGCCCAGAAGUACUGAAAAAGUGGAAAAAUUCACUCCAAGAAAGAGAGAUCGAUCUCUUCUUGCCAAAAUUUUCCAUCUCUAGUAACUAUGAACUAGAGAAGAUACUUCCCACAAUCGGUAUCGAGGAACUCUUUACCAGUCAAGCUAAUCUUUCUGGAAUAACUGGGCAAAACGGUAUCAAAGUUUCCCAGGUGGUCCACAAGGCUGCGCUAGAUGUAGAUGAGGCUGGCACAGAAGCUGCGGCAGCCACAGGCGUCGAGUUUAUCCUUACAUCAAGUCAGUUUUCACCUCCAGUGGUUAGGUUUAAUAGGCCAUUCCUAGUCAUUUUGUUAAAUGAAGAAACCAUGCUUUUUCUGGGGAAAGUCAACAACCCCCAAAAUGCAUAGCUCUCUUGAAGAAGAAGAAGAAAGACUGACAGGUCAGGAACUAAAAGACUUGGAAGUAAAGGGAACAAGAUCUACUGCCAGGUCAGCCUGUCAUAUACCGAGUGACCUGAGGCUGGCUCCUUACUCUCUGUAAACAUGACCUUCUACAUUUGUUGAACAAAAGUCAUCCUGACCUGCUUGAAGUGUGUAUCAGUUGUGUGAUAACUUUUUAAAUAGUUGGGGAAUUCUUGACAAGCUUUAGGCACCACUGCCUUAACGAUUAAAGGUUACGGUUAUUUUUCAUCAUAAUAAAUCGAUCGUUGCGAAGCAAUA